AUGAUCUCACCGCGAAUACCCAAAUCCAUAGCAUCGAGACAGCUGACAGCAUCCAGAGGAGCUAUUCCUCUGCGCCUUCACCUUGGCACCGGGCACGGCUUUUACAAGACCAACAGAAAUGCGCUGGAUCGAAUGCUGGUAUUAUCGCGACACUCCACAACAUCAACAAAGGUCCUGUUGGGAAGCCAACCACCCCUACCGGUGCGUACCGCUCUGGUGGCAACGACCACCGCUAUUGCAACACCGGCGUUUCCAGUGAUUGGGUUUUUGAAUAUCGGCCUUCGCUACUUUGUUUGGGACUCGCAAACUCGAUAUGCCGUUCUUGGCGCUACCACCUUGGUGGGAGCUGUGGGUACCCUGCUGUCCUUUGCCGCCAACGAUUUGCUACCACUGGCGUAUUCCUAUGGCCAACUCUUCUUGCCAUUUGCCGUGGUCAAUGGUGGCCUGGCAGGGACUGCCUAUCUUGCCUUGGAUGUGAGCCUUGGCACUGCCACCAUAGCUAGUUCCCCGUGGACUGGAGCCGUUAUUGGAAGUUUUGUGGGAAUGGUGGGUCCCUACAGUGGACUCUACGAUCAGGCCUUUCAAUGGUUCUAUGAUAUGCCCGACGCGGAUGGCUGGUUCAAAGCUAUGUUAUCCAAUUCGUUCAUGCUACCCAUCACCGUUACCACGGGUGCAGCUGCAGGAGCUUGCAUGCAUCCUCUCUUGUACUAUCCCAUUGUUGGAUUUCGAGGGGUUCACUGGAGUCGGCUGUCAGGGCCACUCUUACUGGCGGCAACCGCGUUGAUGAUUAACGUCUACCAUGGUGACUAUUUCAACAAUACACUUUUUCCAGAAGAAACGUACUUGGCCGCCAAUGAGAAAUCGGGUCUCGCACUGGUGCCAAGAAUGCAAGCCAAAACAUUGCAGGUUCAAGAUUGGGGAUCUGCUGUUGGAUACCAACCAGAGGGAACUGGGAAAGCCGCACGACAAAGCGUUCAAAUAAAGCUUGACUUCGCAAAGAACAGUGCAACCAACCGCACCGACAUGGUAUUCGCCUCGAGGCGGCAGGCUUGGCUGCAUUACGUCACCAAUGGGGCAUUUGGAAGGGACGUAGCAAUCACGAAUGUUCCAUCGGAACGAGAAAUCAAUCAACAAAGCCGACAAUUGCUGCUCGGAGAUGGCGCCGUAUCCUUUGCAAUGAUCCGCAGCAACAAGCAUGAAAACUCAUCAACAUUACGAGAACAAUUGACGCAGCUGGCAACAGUCUUGUAUGGGCAACCGAAACGGGGUGCACCGGAACGGAUUGCAGAAGCAGUGCAACGAAUAGAAUUGGCAAGCUAUGGAGUUGCGUUGUUGUUUUCGCAGAAAACAAGCAAGGGCAAAAACGAUGCACGUCGCAGGAAGGCUUUGGAAAACGGUAUUCGAAGGGUCGUCCCGGGAAUCUUGCUGUACAGGGUCGAAGAGACAGACGCGACAAAGGGUUGCAGCGUGGAAUCUCAACUAGAAGAGCUCGCUUGGGAUGGGAGUCAAGAUGAGGAACAUACGUCACGUCGUUGGAGUACGGGCCUUCAAAAAAUUGUUUCUGCAGAACAGAACAAGGCAAAGGUUAGACAGUUCCUUUGGGCCAUCUCUGGUCUCUUGGUUCUGUUGGCAGUAAGCACUACCCAAUAA